UGCCUGGACUAUAGUACUGUUGCGUACUGUUACUACUUUUGAAAUGAAUCCUCCGCAUUCCUCGGCAGCAGCUCUCGCCUUCGUCCUUGCGCCCGCUUCCGCUUCUCUGAACUCCUUCGUCACCUCCCUUCGUCCCUCGCGCCGUGGGUCUGGUGCCAGGGGUCCAACACUGCCACCGCUCGAUCGGGAAGCUGGGACCGCAAACCAGACCGCAAAUCUCCCACGAGCGACCGUGAGUUUCUCGCAGGUAGUAUCUUUCUACGCGUAAUCCGUAUGUACAGCAUCAUAUGUACGAGCUCCUGACCUUCCUACAAAAUAAGCCAAUUCACAAUAGAUCGUCGUUUCGUCGAUAGCCACAGUGCCCAGCUAUAUUUUUCGAGGGGCCUGAGAACAAUGGUCCAGAAUAAGUUUGCAAACGGCUUCGUAGGACUGCACGACGUUGUCGUA